AUGGCCACUCCACUUGAGUUGUUUGUCCUCCCUUGGGGUGUGUACCCCAGGCGUAUCCUCCUCUACCUUUCGGAAAAGGGUCUGAUAGAGUCCCCCCUUAUCAAAAUAACGCCAGUCUCUUUCACACUAGAGGGCAAGAUGGUUGGAGAGGGAAAGCCACCCGGCACAGUCCCAGUAUUGAGACUCCCGGACGGGAGCUUCAUCAAGCAGUCGGGGGCAAUCCUCCAGUACUUUGAAGAGCUUUGCGACCACCCAGAGACCGAUCAGCCCUGGCAGGCUGAGUUGGCAAGCCUAGCCAACAAGACGAACAUGCUCGGCAACUCUACAACCGAGAGGGCACGCAUCAGAGACAUGAUUUCUCUGACGGAGGAGGCCUGCAGUUACUUUGGGCUAGCAUGCCACAAGGGAAGCAAGCUAUUCGAGACAUUUGAGAGGACCAGCGCGCUUGCGAGCAAGCUUAUUCUUGAAUACUGCAUCAAGGAUCUGAAGCUCCUGGAUGCAUACUACGCGAACCAGAAGAGCUUGGAAGAAGGGCGAGACGUCAACAUACCUGAUCUCAUGCUCUUCUCACUGCUGCACUUCUCAAAGGAUUUAUAUGGGUUGGACCUCUGUGCCGAUGCUGGGGCGGCCAAUCUGCAGAGAUUUUACGAUGAGUUUUCGAAGAGAAAGAGCGCAGAGGUCAAGGAGGGUCAUUUCCCUGGUCAGAUUAUGGCAUUGGCUAGCCAAUGGCUUCCUCUAGAUUAA